AUGGAUAAAAAAGAAACGACAUGGCUAAUUUGGCCGCAUAUCAAAAAUCAUCAGAAAUCUAUUAUGUUUAUUUUACUUGCUGCGCUAGGUCUCGCACACGCCGUUGACAUCAUCGACGAGCUUAACGACUACACAUUCGAUAAAUACGUCAAGCAUCGUAAAAAUACUUCGACAAUUUUUGUUAUGUUUUAUAAGAAUAAUUCUCCAGAGUGCAAGAAGGCAGCUCUCGCUUUCGUUGAAGCUGCUGAGUCAAGCUAUGGUAUGGUGCAGUUUGCACGUGCUAAUGUAAGAAAUAAUACGCAUGUUGUCAAUGAUUUAAAGAUCACAUCAUAUCCAACAUUUAUGAUAUUCUAUCCAGGCGGCACACGCAUUUACGAUCAAAAGGAGAUCACAGCUAAGAAUUUAGUCAGAUUUUCAGAUCGUUUUAUCCCACGCCUUGCAGAACCAGUCGAUGAAUACUGGGUUCCAGGCAAAGAAGGCUACGAAGUCGACAGUGCUGCCAUUCUCUUCUCUCAGAAGAAAUAUUCCCCAACAAUGUGGAACGCAAUCAGUAAUGCCUACAACGAAACAUACCUCCGCAUCGGCUUUUGCAACAACGAGAACAUCACCAAAGAGUUUAACGUUACAGACGUCCCAGCCAUCGGUUUCCUUCACAACAAAACAUUCACCCUCUACAACGGCAAUAAGACAUUCCUCGACAUUUUCUACGCCAUUAAGAAGGAAUACCCGGAACUUGCACGUCCAAGACCACCGCCAACACCAAAGCCAAAGCCAUCUGAUUAUGUUACCGAUGAAGGCGUUUGGAAGGCUACUUGCAAGAAGAAGAAAUACUGUAUAUUGCAAGCCAAGUCCAAUAAAACAGAAGAUUUCAUCAAAUUCGCAGAAGAUUACGUUACAGAACCAUUCAAAUUUGUAUCAUGCGGAGAAACAUGUCCAUUCCCAGAAAUGACCGAUGGUUUCUGGGUCUUCCAUACCAAACUUGAUAGAGCUAUGUACGCAGAGGACCUUGAAGGACUCAAACUUCAUCUCGGAAGAUUCCUCGGAGGAAAUCCGAAAUGGACCAACAGAGAGGAGCUCCUUGCUGAAGUUAAAGCAAUGAAGGGUAACAAAACUACAACAGAAAAUGUACAAACCAAAUCUGAGAGCUCACAAGAGCUUUGA